AUGUCCUUACCUGCUUCCUUCGAUUUAACUCCAGAAGAUGCUAAAUUAUUAUUAGCUGCCAACGUUCACUUGGGUUCCAAGAAUGUUCAAGUUCACAACAAACCAUAUGUUUAUAAAACCAGACCAGAUGGUGUUAACGUUAUUAACGUUGGUAAAACUUGGGAAAAAAUUGUUUUAGCUGCUAGAAUUAUUGCUGCUAUUCCAAAUGCUUCUGAUGUUGCUGUUUGUUCAUCAAGAACUUUUGGUCAAAGAGCUGUUUUAAAAUUUGCUGCUCACACCGGUUCUACUCCAAUUGCUGGUAGAUUCACCCCAGGUAACUUCACCAAUUAUAUCACUAGAUCUUUCAAAGAACCAAGAUUAGUUGUUGUUACUGAUCCAAGAACUGAUGCUCAAGCUAUCAAAGAAUCUUCUUACGUUAACAUUCCAGUUAUUGCUUUAACCGAUGUUGAUUCUCCAACUGAAUACGUUGAUGUUGCUAUUCCUUGUAAUAAUAAAGGUAAACACUCCAUUGGUUUAAUCUGGUGGUUAUUAGCUAGAGAAGUUUUAAGAUUAAGAGGUGUUAUCCCAGAUAGAACUACUGAAUGGUCUGUCAUGCCAGAUUUAUAUUUCUACAGAGAUCCUGAAGAAGUUGAACAAGCUACUGCUGAAGAAGCCAGAGCUGGUGAUGCUGAAGAAUCUACUGAAGCUCCAGUUGCUGAAGCUGAAGCUGAAUGGGACACUGCUGAAACUAAUGUUGAAGAUUGGGCUGAUUCUGGUGUCACUCCUGCUGGUGAAGAAGCUGCUGCUUCUAACUGGUAA